CUCUCGGGCAGCGGCUGGCGGUGGCCGCGCGCGCCGGGGCUGCCGGGAGCGGCGCUUCUUCGGGUACCGGAAACGAACGCGGCGGCGGCUGCGGGGGGAAAAAGCAACUCGGUGUUCAGUAACUGAAUAGACAUCAUGUCUCGAGCACGGCAACCCCCGCUUGUAACCGGCAUCUCUCCCAAUGAAGGCAUCUCAUGGACAAAAGUGACAAUUAGAGGAGAAAACUUGGGGACUGGGCCUACAGACCUCAUAGGUUUAACAAUAUGUGGGCACAACUGUCUGCUAACUGCUGAGUGGAUGUCUGCCAGUAAAAUCGUGUGUCGAGUGGGACAGGCUAAAAAUGACAAGGGAGACAUUAUUGUCACUACAAAGUCCGGUGGCAAAGGAACUUCAACUGUUUCCUUCAAACUGCUUAAACCUGAAAAAAUAGGUAUCUUGGAUCAGUCUGCUGUCUGGGUGGAUGAAAUGAACUAUUAUGACAUGCGCACUGAUAGGAACAAAGGGAUUCCCCCCUUGUCCCUACGUCCAGCUAAUCCGCUUGGUAUUGAGAUAGACAAGGGCAGAUUUCCUCAAAAGGAUUUAGAGGCACUGUUUCCUGGGAUGAGUGCUGAUUUUACUAGUGAAAACUUUUCUGCUGCCUGGUACCUGAUUGAGAAUCAUUCAACAACAAGUUUUGAUCAGCUCAAAACAGCUGUUGUAAAUUUGAAGAAACAAGCCAAUAAGAAAAAUGAGGGAAGUCUAGCUUACGUGAAAGGAGGUCUCAGCACGUUUUUUGAAGCACAGGAUGCUCUGUCAGCAAUCCAUCAAAAACUGGAAGCGGAUGGAACGGAAAAAGUAGAAGGAUCCAUGACGCAAAAACUGGAGAAUGUACUGAACAGAGCCAGUAACACAGCAGAUACCUUAUUCCAGGAAGUGCUAGGACGUAAGGACAAAGCUGAUUCAACGAGAAACGCACUUAAUGUUCUUCAGCGUUUUAAAUUUCUUUUCAACCUUCCCUUGAAUAUUGAAAGAAAUAUCCAGAAGGGUGAUUAUGAUGUUGUUAUUAAUGACUACGAAAAAGCUAAGUCACUCUUCGGGAAGACAGAGGUUCAAGUAUUCAAAAAAUAUUAUGCUGAAGUUGAAACCAGAAUUGAAGCUUUAAGAGAACUUCUGUUGGAUAAGCUGCUUGAAACUCCGUCAACAUUACAUGAUCAGAAACGUUAUAUAAGAUAUCUUUCUGAUCUUCAUGCGCCCGGGGACCCUGCUUGGCAGUGCAUUGGUGCUCAACAUCAGUGGAUUCUGCAGCUCAUGCACAACUGUAAGGAGAGCUGUGUUAAAGGACAAAAAGGUAACUCAUUGCUGCAUAGCCCCAUGUUAGACCUGGACAGUGAUGUGCGUCCAUCACCAAUUGGACAUCUUGGUCAAACUGCUUCAUUGAAAAGGGGCAGCAGCUUUCAGUCUGGCCGUGAUGAUGCUUGGCGAUACAAAGCUCCUCAGCAAGUUGUAUUUGUUGAAAAGUUGACAAAACUUGUUGUAAGUCAGCUGCCCAACUUCUGGAAGCUGUGGAUUUCUUAUGUGAAUGGAAGUUUGUUCAGUGAGACUGCUGAAAAAUCUGGCCAAAUGGAAAGAUCGAAGAAAAAUGCUAGACAAAGGCAAAAUGAUUUCAAGAAAAUGAUUCAGGAAGUGAUGCACUGUCUGGUAAAACUUAUCCGUGGAGCUUUGCUUCCGUUCAGCCUCAGAGAAGGAGAGUCAAGACAGUAUGGUGGCUGGGAGAUGAAGUCUGAACUUUCUGGCCAGUGGCUAACACAUGUUAUCCAGACUGUAAGGCUUAGUUCUGAGUCUCUUACUGCGCUUGAGAUACCCAAUGAUAUGCUUCAGAUCAUCCAGGAUCUUAUUUUGGACCUUCGUGUACGUUGCAUUAUAGUGACCUUACAACACACAGCCGAAGAUAUAAAGAGGUUAGCUGAAAAGGAAGACUGGGUUGUGGACAAUGAAGGUUUGACUUCGUUGCCAUCCCAGUUUGAACAGUGCAUUGUCCAUUCCUUGCAAUCUCUUAAAACUGUGCUGGACUGCAAACCUGGAGAGGCCAGUGUUUUCCAGCAGCAGAAAACACAGGAGGAUGUAUGCCAGCUAAGCAUUGGGAUCAUGCAGGUGUUUAUAGACUGUUUGGAACAACUGAGCACCAAACCUGAUGGUGACAUAGAUACUUCACAUCUUUCAGUUGAUGUUUCAUCUCCAGAUUUGUUUGGAAGCAUUCAUGAAGACUCAAGUCUUUCUUCAGAACAGAGACUUUUAAUUGCACUCAGCAACUGCCGUUAUCUGGAACGUCAUACCUUCCUCAAUAUAGCUGAACAUUUUGAGAAACAUGGCUUUCAAGGUGUUGAAAAAAUAACUCAAGUUAGUAUGGAAUCCUUGAAAGAGCUGGAUCAAAGACUCUUUGAGAUGUACAUUGAAUUCAAGGCAGAUCCGAUAGUUGGGUCAUUAGAACCUGGCAUUUAUGCAGGAUAUUUUGAUUGGAAAGAUUGUCUUGUUCCAGCAGGUGUCAGAAACUAUUUGAAGGAAGCAUUAGUGAAUAUCAUUGCUGUGCAUGCAGAGGUGUUUACCAUUUCAAAGGAUUUAGUUCCUCGGGUAAUGUCAAGGGUUGUAGAAGCAGUCUCUGAAGAGCUGAGUCGACUGAUGCAGUGUGUUUCAUCCUUCAGCAAAAAUGGAGCUUUACAGGCAAGACUUGAAAUCUGUGCAUUGAGAGAUACCGUAGCCAUAUACCUGACACCUGAAAGCAACUCAAGCUUUAAGCAAGCUUUGGAAGCCUUGCCUCAGCUCUCAAGUGGAACCGAGAAGAAGUUACUAGAAGAGUUACUGAACAAGUUUAAAAGUAGCAUGCACUUGCAGCUGACCUGUUUUCAAGCUUCUUCAUCAGCAAUGAUGAAAACAUAGAAAACAAUACAGUGCAGGCAACUCAAAAGAGAAAUGUGCUUAAACACCACCCAUUUUUUCUGUACCUCUUCAACUCCUUUGAAGUCUCUGAAGGAAGCAAAAGGAAUUUCACUGGAAAAGAAAUUGUGAGAGACAACUCUGAGUAAUGGUAUGGGGUAUCCUGCUGAAUGAGACUUCAUAAAAUGGGUUUCUAUCUGCUGUAUGUCAUUCUGUGGAGGGGAUCAAGGCAGUUUUGUUUACAUACACUCUUCUUGGCUGUAUGUUCAUGAAGAAAUAUUCAUUGGUUUGAUGCAGUCUCAGUUUCAUUUAUUAAAAAUACAUUGAAAUAUAUUUUUAGCUAAUGUCACCUUAAAUUUGAGUAUUUCUCAUGUUGUUCAGUGUAUGAGUCUGUUACUUUCUGAAUGUAGAGUAAUACUGGUGUAAGUGACUGGAAGACUGAACUUCUAUAAACUAUUGAGAAGUAUGUAAUAAACAUUGCUACCUACAGCUGACUCAUAAGUGUUCAAAUACAUUAUGGAGAUGACUUCUUCUGCAUUUAAAAAUUGACACUUUUUCUGUUAUCAUCUACAUCUGAUUUGUUGGGAGACUUAUUUUCUAGUGAUUUUAAUUAAACGUGUUCCUACCUCUUUCAUUUCUCCCUUCUCUUGGGAUAUUGAUGAUAAACUCCACAUUUGAAAUAAGCUCUCCUUUCAUUGGCAAUUAGCAGGAAAGCACUCUGAGUUUAUAGGAGUAGUAGAAGGUUUUUUACAAACUGUUGAAGUAAAAUAUUCUUUGGUGUUAAGGAGUAGAAUAGUUAAUUGCAUCUCACAUAGUCAGAAGUACAGAGGAGCACAAUAUGUCGUUGGUUUUGCUGCUUCCUUCCUAUACCUCUUGUCUUUUCUUGUUCUUAUAGGCUUACUACCACUCUUUUCUCCUUUCUUGUUGGUCAGUCCACUUUUCACCAGCAGUUAUUGAAUUUGGAUUAAGAAGGAAAGAACAGUUUUGGUGCUGUUAAGAUGUAGUUACACAAAGAUCAACAACCGUCUUCCCAACUGGGAAUAUUUGACACUGACUUUAAUUCUAGAACUUGAUAUAAAAUGCGAGAAGAUAAAACAGAGAACAACUAAUAGAAAAGGGCUUUCUUUUGUUGGGCAAGGGGUAGAUUUAAUUUUAUAACUGAAAUUAUGAAUCACAAGUAAAUUAUGUAGUAAUAAUGUUUUCUUUCUGCAUUUGCAGUCAUUUGAGUGGGACUUUUCAGUAACACUGCACUGAGUUUUUGAAAAAUUUUUUAAUGUCAACUUUUCUUUUGCCAGUUCAGUUACGUGCUUUAAAAAUACAACAUACAGUUCCUGUAAUAUGAAGUACUGAUGAAAGUUUGAUGUCCAUGUAUUUUACUCAUAAAAGAGAGUCAUGUGUAGGUAGGAAUAGCAUGUUAAAUGGAAGUUUGAAACUUCAAAUAUAUGUCAUUACUGGCUUUCAGGGAGAAUUUUUAAACACCUGCAGCAAUGUUGUUUAGUUAAAUAUUGUCCAUUCUAAGCUGGCUGUGAUGUCAGCUGCUGGUAUUAGCUGAAAUAGUUAUCCAGUUAGCUCAACCUGUAAAGGAUUUUGCUUCAGAACAAUAAAGUGUUAAGAAAUAUGGUCAUGAGCUCCUCUUGAAUUCUUUACUUCCCAAGAAAUGUGAUUUCUGUAUGAAUUUUUCCAGUCUACAUUUUCUACAUUUGUAUCAGACAUGUUCUUAAGUAUUGAAAACAUUUUUAAUCAUCUAUAUUGAAUUGAUAUAUAUUCAGACGUUUCUUUACUGUAAUGUAACAUACUGUAACUUUACUCAUCUUCUGUUACAACAGUUGGUUGCUUGUCUUUAAAGCCUGAAGUCAGAUGUUUGUGUUUAGUUGCUUUCUGGAAUAACACUUCAAAACAUGUCAUUGACAGCAAACACGAACAUAAUGUGUGAGGGAUCAAAAUGUUGCUUGAAUUCAGCACGAUGUAAAAUAAAUGCUCCUUGUCUAGUCAAAA